AUGGCAAGAAGUAAGAAAUCUGAUAGAAACCUUUUGGACCCUGAAGUCAGAUCCCUGGCGGAUUUACCAAGAGCUGAAAAAACCGAUCUAGCAAAUGCAUUCAUUAGAGCCACAGCUGCCAAGAAUGGUGCCCUAUUAGAUGCUAAAAUUAGUAAAAAAUCCAAGACUAAGGGAAAGGGAAAACGUUUCUCUAAGAAAGAUUUGGAAAGAAAAAUUUCCCAAACUGUAACAUCGAUGGAUAAAGAUAGAUUAGAAAGAGCGUUAAAAUUCACAAACAAGUUAGAUGGUAAGAUUGCCAAAUCUGUAUCCCGUGCUAAAUAUGUUCAAAAGGCAAGAAAGGCUGGUUGGGACUCUACAAAUGAAUCUAUCAAGCGUGAACUUCGUGGUGAAGAACUACAACCAAAAAAGAAACUUGAAAACCAAGAUGAUAUGAUGAUGGAUGAUGAUGAUGAUGAUGACAAUGAACUAGAAGUCAUGGAAGAUGAAACAGAAGAGCCACGUUCAACAAAGAAACAAACGAACUUGUUUGAUCUUCUAGAUCCAGAUGUAGAAAACUAA